UCAACGGCUCAACCUUCGAAGCCAAAAUAUAGGUCAAUACCAACCCAAGUUUCUGCGUUCUGGUCAUAUUCCAUUAUCUAAACAGCUGGGAAUACAUUCGCUUAGGCAGCACUACCAGGGGCCUUCCGCCUCUUUGUUGCUUUAUAAAUUGGCCUGGGGACACCUUUCUUUGUUCUAUUUCAUUGAUCUCCCUCUCACCUCUAGGUGGCCUCAUGGAGUCUGCACCAGGCUAGGGCGGAGGCUUCCCUGUAAACCGCUGAGGACCGCGGAACACUGAGGAGCGCUUCCUUCGGAGCGCGGCUUUAGAAAUGGGUUCCCGACCAGGCUCUGCAACGUCGUUCGCAACUACUGGCUUGCAGCUGCCGUCAAGGCCGCUGUCGGCCAGCAGUGCUGGGUCGAACCGGCUCAGUGGCAAGCCUCUGGGUGCGGAGAAGCUUAUGGCAACGUGCGAGCGCAUAUUCAAAAGCUUCAACCCAGCCCAAGUAACCCUUGACACACAUGUUGACAAUAGUAUUGCAGAGCUGCAGAUAUAUAAUAGCUUCGAUGACAGUUUCAUUAGGCAGGUCAUCUACGGAGCAGUCCGCUACCGGCGGUUGCUCAGUGCUCUCAUGGACUCCUUCUAUCAUUACAACGGAGGCACGGCCUCCCGUGAGGAUGUUGACAUGUACAAGCUGUACAGCUACCUCACCAUCUUCCGGCUGGAAGAGCUCACCUUCAGCAACUUCCAGCGCCUGGUGGACGCUAUGACGCCACAGAAGAUGUACGUGUUGCUCAAGUACAUCUUUGACCCCAAGUAUCUGAAGGAGGUGGUGCGGGAAGACUGGCUUAAGCUGUACGAUAAGGAGUUUGUGGACGAGACCAUUGCUCGGCUGCUAUCAUGGCACUCGGAGAGCUCCGCAAUGCUUUCGAAGCUAGAGUACCGUGUCACGCUCAGCCGAAAGACGGAGGAGGAGAAGGAGACGCUGGGCACCUCGUACGCACCGCGCGCGCCCACGGUGCCGCAGCCCUUCAACCUGACGCAGCAGAAGCCCAAGCCGCUGCCUGUGGAGGACCCUCCUCCACCGCCCAUACGCGCCAGGCCCGCUCCCAAAUCCCGGGAGGGGCCCACGCGGGAGGAGCAGGCGUUGCAGGCUGCGAGGGAAGCUAACCGAGCGCAAGCAGAAAAGAAUGCCAAGGCAGCGCCAUUUAAGCUGCGAGUUUUGGAGCGCCCAACCAACAUCGAGAAGAUCAGGGCAGAGCUGGAGGAGGAACGCACCCAGGAGCUGACGUUCAAGGGAAUAAGAGCAGCCCCGGCGCCGCCACAGCCAAAUGCUCAGGUCAAGUUGAAUGCCGCCGCCAUCCUGCGCGAGGAUGCGCUGUACCGCCGCAAGCAGGCGGAAGAGGCGGAGGCCCUUAAGCGCUACGAGGCAGAGCUCCGAGAUGCCAGCAGCUUCAAGGCCUGGCAGACGGCUAUGAUGGAGCAGGAUGAGGCGGAGCGUGCGGCGUCUGUUGAGCGGCGAAGACUGGAGAUGGCGGCUGCACAGGAAAAUGCAAUUAAGGCUCGGCAGGCGGCAGUGGAAGCCAACCAAGAGCUUGCUCGCGCGGCCAAGGAGGAGGCCAAGCGCCUGGAGGAUGACCUACGCCGCGAGCGUGAGGAGCAGGCACGGCAGAACGCGCAGCGGCGUGAUGCGGUGGUGGAGGCACGGCAGAACGUGCAGGCGGCUGUAGAGAAGAUGUCGCAGGAACGUCGUCUGGCAGCAGAAGAAGAGCGGCGCAAGCAGGCGGAGGACGCGCGGACGCGUGCGGAGGCGGCCGCUAAGGAGAUGGCGGAGCGGCGGGACAUCAUUCUGCAGCUGCGGGCGCUGGAGAAGGUGCCCAAACAGCGCGUCCGGGAGUUCGACCCCACGGAGACGGGUCCAGACUUCGGGCUGCUUGAGACCAUGAGCCUGGUGGAGCUACGUGAGCGGCUAGCCGUCGCGAAGCGGAGACAGCGAGAAGAGGAGGAGAGGCAACGGGCGGACAUUCUGAGACAGAAGCAGGAGCGUGAGUCUGCCCUCAUGGAAAAGGCAGCAAACGUACAGCGCGUGCGGCGGGUGGCAGCGGCGCAGGCGGCGGCUCGUCGGGCUGCAUCAGCUGAGGCAACGGAGCGGAAACAAAGCGAGGCGGCCAAGGCUCGAGAAGCUGAUGUGCUGCAGCUGGCUGAUAAGCUGGAUGCAAAGCGCGCGGCGCUCGCGGCGGAGCGGGCGCGGUUGGCGGCGGAGCAAAAGCGGAUACGUUUCGAGCAGAUGCAAGCGGCGGCGGGUGCGGCGGUGGUGGAAGAAACUAAGUUUCGGGAGCUGCGCGCGGGCGCGCAGCGAGAGGCGCGGGAGAGGCAGGAGGGAAAGCUAGCGAGUGCGACGCUGUACGAGCACACUAAGGCGCGAGCGCAGAACGUCCGAAUGAAGAAUGUGCGACAGGAGCUCAAAGCCAAGGACGACUUCAUGCGUGCGUAUGAUGAAAAGCUGGCGGCCCUGCGGCAGCAGGCUAGCAACGAGAAUUUGGCAGACAUGACCCGGCGCACGGAGAUCGUGUCAACGCAGCGCAAUUUCGAGGCGACGAUUAAGGAACGCACCUCCUCCAGCGCGUACAAGCCUUUUCAGGGCGGUAGCACAUCCAUGCAGGCGCGGCUUCAAGCGCUAGGGCAGGGAAUGGAGCUUGGGUAACACUGUGAUAAUGCGGCGGAGGAUAGACUGAGGAACUUGCUCAGUUUCGUAUAUAGGCGCAUACAUUCGGGCAAGGCGCAUGCGUGCCCCUGAACGGACUAGUAGUAUGGGCGCGUGUGCUUGCAUAGCGUACAAGGGCCCGUGGCUUAGCUCCCGAGCCUGUUGGAGGGCCCAGCUGGGGGCAGGUGGUUAGCUAGGUGUGCGUGCAUCUUUAAUUGGCGGAAACUUCGCGGGUUGUCCACAUCGUGUCCUUUACCUGCGGUGUGGCCCAUUGAGGACCCGGCAGCAGGUCCUCAAUGUAGCCUUGUAGCAUGGGAUUCUCGUUGCGCCGCCAUUAAGAGAUGAGAUGAGGCGAUUGCGGAGCCCAUUGCUCUAGAGUGAAGCCUGAAUGUACAUUUGGCGCCAGCGCUAUACAGUCAUGGGGAUGGUGGAGUCACGGAUGACCUGCGAAUCGGCUCCAGUGGCAACCCUUGCUCCCCGGGGUCCUGACGCGCACGGCAAACCCAGACAGAUGUUAAGAGUGCUGCAGGUGUGUCCCAGCAAGAUGGCAAGGAGCGUGCGAUGAAAGGCUUAUUAAAUGCUUUGGCGGAAGUACCGCCAGUAAUACCGCCAGGGCUGCCGGCUGCUGAUGGAUAGUCCCUUAGGGGGAGUGCACGACAGCGCGCCGGAUUGGGGACUUGGGGUCAAACCUGGGGCAUUGAGCAUUUCAAGCGGAAUCAUGAAUAGGAAUAGGGAGGAGGUCGCUGCCUGGCCGGU